AUGAAGGGCGGUGCCAAGGUUGUCAUUGAGCCUCACCGUCACCCCGGUGUCUUCGUCGUCCGUGGCGGCAAGGAGGACGGCAUUGCAACCCGCAACCUGACCCCCGGCGAGUCCGUCUACGGCGAGAAGCGCAUCAGCGUUGACGAGACCGUCGAGAACAGCGACGGCACAACCACCACCACCAAGGUCGAGUACCGACUUUGGAACCCCUUCCGAAGCAAGCUUUGCGCUGCCAUUGCCGGUGGUGCGGAUGACAUCUACAUUCGCCCUGGCUCUCGUGUUCUGUACCUUGGUGCCGCCUCUGGUACCUCCGUCUCUCACGUUGCCGACCUGGUUGGCCCUACUGGCUUCGUCUACGCCGUUGAGUUCUCCAACCGCUCUGGCCGUGAUCUCAUUGCCAUGGCUGCCAAGCGCCCCAACGUCGUCCCCAUUGUCGAGGAUGCCCGUCAGCCCGUCCGCUACCGCAUGGUCGUCCCCAUGGUCGACGUCAUCUUCGCCGACGUUGCCCAGCCUGAUCAGGCCCGUAUCGUUGCCAUGAACGCCAACUGGUUCCUCAAGCAGGGCGGUGGUGUCUUGAUCUCCAUCAAGGCCAACUGUAUCGACAGCACAGCCCCCGCUGCCGAGGUCUUUGCCAGCGAAGUCCAGAAGAUGCGUGCCGAGUCUAUCAAGCCUAAAUUCCAGCUCACCCUAGAACCCUUCGAGCGUGACCACUGCCUUGUCGCUGGUCUGUACAUGCGCAACGAGUAA